CUUUGAUUCUUUUGAAAUUGAAGUCUAACCAAGGGGUGGCAUUGCAAGAGCGCUCGAAAGUUCCAAGAUCUUUUUUAAAUUUGAGAUAUGCAAAUUUCCUCAGUAAGUGCAUGCAUAUCAAAGAAGUUCCGGCAACAGACCUUAAUCUUCCAUAGAAGUAUUCAUGUUUCUUUAUGUCGCCUGCAGUAGUUAAAACAUAGCCAACUGAACUAUUAAUCGAAUGAGUAAAUAUGUUGCAAAAAUUAUCUGGAUCCUGGAUUUGUCGGAUGAGUAAAACUGGAAAUCGAAAGCAGUGCAAUUAACACUUUGUUCUUCGUGGAAACAAAACUGAAAACAUUAAGGGUGACCGCAGACGUUUCCCACCAGGAAAAGCCGGGAAAGCUUGCAGAAAUGCCCACUGCAUCUCCAUAAAAGCUUCCUUCACGAUCCUCUCAGUGCGUCUUACUGCCGGUUCACAAUGGGAACGUGGAGUGUCGCUGCGCCGUGGAAGCACAGUUCCGCUUAUUCGUUGGUGGUCAUUAUGAAUUUUGCCGCCAUUGUGCCUAUUGAUUUGAGACCGACUAAUCAUUUCCAUUCGAGCUUUUUGUUACCGAAAGACGAUGAUUUGUCCUCUUCGUGGUGGAUGGAUGUAGCUGACGGAAAAGUGAUGAAAAGCACACUUGAGACGAUCAGCAGCAGUAUUAGCAAUCAUAAUCACAAUGCACCUGACCUCAGACGAGUAUUCCUCAAAAAUACUUCCGUCACAUGCAACGAUGGCUCAAGAUCCGGUUAUUACAUCCGAAAGUAUCCCGGGAGUAAGACAUGGCUAAUAUUCCUGGAAGGCGGAUGGUACUGCUUUGAUUCAAACAGUUGUGAUUCCCGCUGGAUGCACAGUCGGUCACUCAUGUCGUCCAAGACCUGGCAAGAGCAUCACAUCGCAUCUGGAAUUUUGUCGCCAGAUGCGGAAGAAAAUCCUCUUUUCUGGAACACCAAUAUCGUAUACGUACCGUACUGUUCAAGCGAUGUUUGGACGGGCAUCACUUCCGCCAAAUCGACAAAGCAAAAAUUUUCCUUUAUGGGCGCUCUAAUUCUUCGAGAGGUCGUCCGAGCUCUUCUGCCACGCGGACUGCUGAAAGCAAGAAAGGUUCUUCUUGCGGGGAGCAGCGCUGGGGCAACCGGUGUAAUGCUUAACGUGGACCGGAUUGCCGAGCAGCUUCGCGACGAAGGUUGCAAAGCCGAAGUGAGAGGGUUAAUGGAUUCCGGAUGGUUUUUGGAAUCGGAGCCGUUCCGUACCGUGGACUGUGUGGAUCCACGCCGGUGUUCUCCCAUAGAAAGUGUGAAAAAGGGAAUUAAAUUGUGGAACGGUGAUAUUCCUGACCGGUGCCGGAAACUGUACAGACAUGAACCAUGGAAAUGUUAUUUCGGCUUUAAGCUUUAUCCUGUGAUACAAACUCCAUUAUUUGUUUUUCAAUGGCUGUACGACGAAGCUCAACUCAUGGCCGCCAACGUUUUUGUGCCUCGGACUAAAGCGCAUGGAACAUAUGUGCAGACCUUGCGACAAACCAUGGUGGACUCUUUGAACAAUAUUUCCGCGGUGUUCGCCCCAUCUUGUGUUGGGCACGUUGUGUUGACCGAAAAACUUUGGUCCCAGUAUUCAGUUAAUCAUGUGACCUUUGGAAGCGCUUUGAGAUGCUGGUGGGAAAAGCGCGGAUCCGGAGGUCGUCUUCAUUCUACACCUUCGAAUUCAGUUCGGAUGAAUGAAAUGCCAGAUAUGCUAAGUGAUCAACCCACGUCUCCGCCACUAUCCUGUAAGGAACAGCUAAGGAAAUGCCGUUUAAGAAGGAAGAAACGAAGGCAAUUAAACACUUCGGGAAGUACAAAUGCCCGAAAGAAGCGUUGUCGAUGUCACUCCGAGAACAAUGUUGUUGAUAAAAUGAACAGGAAAUCACUUAGAGCACAGCGUAAUAAACGCCGAGCGGGGCUGCCAGCACAUAUGCAAAAUUUUGGGACCAAGUUUUGCAGUAGCCAUGUAAUUGAUCGGUGUUCUUUGCCAAACUGUAAUCAGUAUUGCCCGAAAAAUUAUGAUACGUUUUCCGCACAACCAAUAACUUUCGAACAGAUGCUGCGGAAUGCCGGCGUUUCUGGUGAAGAUCCUAUAGGAGAAGUGUUUCUUUAGAUUUUGUUAACUUAUGCGUAAUUUGGUUUUUCAUAUGGCCUGUACAGUCGGACUGAAAGUUGAAA